AUGACUUCUUCUUCUCCUUCUUCUUUUACUGAUCUUCUUUCUAGCAAUAACAAAGACAUGGACAACCUAAGCUGGGGAUUUUAUGACCAUGGAGCUAAUGAUAGAAUUGGUUUUGAAAUCCCAAACUUCAAGUCAUUUCAACCAUCUUCUCUUCCACUUUCUCCUCCCCCAGUUUCUCCUUCUUCUUACUUGGCCAUUCCUCCUGGUUUAAGCCCAACUGAGCUCUUGGACUCGCCUGUACUUUUUCCUACUUCUAAUGCUCUUGCAUCUCCAACAACUGGGGCUUUUGCUGGGCAAACCUUCAACUGGAGAACUAAUUCUAAUGACAAUCAGCAAGGUGUUAGGGGAGAAGAGAAAACUACAGCGAUUUCUCUUUCCAAACCCAAACAAGGCCUCCUACAAUUUCAUCUUCAUCAUCAUCAUCCUUCUUUCAAUCUUCUUCAAACAGAAAAAUCACUGAAAAGGAAACAUGAAGAAUGGAGUUUUGACCAGUUAAAGCAAACUGAUCAGUUUUCAUCAGAUCAGAAAACAGAAGUGAAAUCAGAAUUUGCACCAGCUCAGAGUUUCUCCUCAGAAUUGGUUCCACUACAAGGAAACAUGCAAAGCAACACGGCUCUUCAACCAAUUUACAACCAAUACAAUCAAUCAGCUCAUUAUAUGAGAGAGAAUAGAAGGUCUGAUGAUGGAUACAACUGGAGAAAAUAUGGACAAAAACAAGUGAAAGGAAGUGAGAAUCCUAGGAGUUAUUACAAGUGCACAUAUCCGAAUUGCCCAACAAAGAAAAAAGUGGAGAGAUCUUUGGAUGGACAGAUUACUGAAAUAGUUUAUAAAGGAAGUCACAACCAUCCCAAGCCUCAGUCCACUAGAAGAUCAUCCUCUCAAUCAGUUCAGCCUUCUGGAGGUACCCACUCAGAAAUCUCUGAUCAAUCAGGAGCACCAAUGGAGUCCGGCAUGAUGCAGGAGGACUCUUCGCUUUCGCAUGGGGAGGAUGAAUUUGACCGUAAUUCACCAAUUAGUAAUUCAGGAGGAGAGGACAACGAAAAUGAACCUGAUGCAAAAAGAUGGGAGCCACAGAAUGAAAAUGAGAGUAUUUUAGGUGCUGGGAGCAGAACUGUUAGAGAACCUAGAAUUGUGGUUCAAACAACAAGUGACAUCGACAUACUCGAUGAUGGCUAUAGGUGGCGAAAAUACGGGCAGAAAGUUGUCAAAGGAAAUCCGAAUCCAAGGAGCUACUACAAAUGUACAUCUGUUGGCUGUCCAGUCAGGAAACAUGUAGAGCGAGCAUCACAUGAUUUGAGAGCUGUGAUUACAACCUAUGAAGGAAAGCACAACCAUGAUGUUCCAGCUGCCCGCGGCAGCGGCUAUGUGAACAAAGCUCCAUCCAAUCCCAACAGUAUUUCCAAUGCGCCGAUCCCUAUAAGGCCUUCUGUCAUGCCUAAUCAUUCUAACCAGACAAGUUAUCCAAACUCCCUUCACACCACAAGAUCAUUAGCGGCAUCAGGAAGUCAAGCACCAUUUACCCUCGAAAUGUUACAGAGUCAAGGGAGUGUUGGAUACUCAGGUUUUGGAAAGCAGAAUGGCACCUACAUGAAUCAAACACAAUACUCUGAGGAAGCCUUCCCUAGAGCCAAGGAAGAGCCAAAGAACGACACCUUUUUUGAUUCCUUCCUACGCUAA